AUGCUGCCGCCGCCCCACCCCGCCGCAGCACCACCCCGCCACCCCGGAGCCCUGCGGCCUCGUCGCCACCACCGCCCGGCCAGCGCCACCCCGCCGCCCCGAAGCCCUGCGGCCCCGUCGCCACCACCGCCCGGCGCCCCCUCCGCCCGUCCAGCGCCCCUCCGCCGCCGAGCAACCCCGCCGCCCCUGGGCCUACCGCAGGUGUUGACAGGAUGGUGGGCAAGGGUCCAGAGCGCCUCGAGCCUCCUGCGAGCGCUACUGGGAGGGGUGGUUGCAUUAUUGCAGCGCAGCCCCUCCGGAGAGCGGUGCAGGACGACCUUCUACAGGGUUUCACAGGGAGAGCAGGAGGCCGCGUGUAUGGUUGUCGAAAACGAGUGA